AUGCCUGAUGAGUUUGAUAUGUUUGCCGCCUCUUCGGAUGAGGAGGAAGAAAUUGCACCCAGGAAAAGACCUCUCGAUGGCGUCGAGGAACCAUUGGCCAAAAAUCUAAGAGCAGCAGAUGGUUAUCAAGACAAUGAAGGUUAUUAUGUUGCAUCUGUUGGUGAGAUAAUUGGCGAACGUUAUAAGGUACUGUCGGGCUUGUGUGGCAAGGGAGUUUUCUCCUCUGUGUUACGAGGCCAGAAUAUAUCCACGGGGGAAAUGGUUGCUAUAAAGUGCAUAAGAAAAUCAGACUUUACUCGUGAUGCAGGAAUGAAGGAGAUUGAGAAGCUAAAGCAGCUGCAUUCUCGCGAUCCUUUAGGCAAUCGGCCCAUAGUAAGAUACUUUGGGCAUUUCGACAAUGAAGGACAUCUUUGUAUUGUAUGCGAAUGUCUAAAGGAGGAUUUGCGUUCACAUAUCAAAGGGUGUGGACGAGGCGGUGGUCUGGAUCUAGAUGUAGUUCUUGGUUAUAGCCGUCAAUUGGUUGAAGGGCUCCUAUUCCUAAAAGAGUGUGGCAUUGUACAUGGUGAUAUAAAGCCAGAUAAUAUAUUGGUUGGAGGACUAUCGAGCGAUGCUAAUGAUGAUGUAUCGGUGGAUCAUGGAACUAUCAAGCUAUGUGAUCUUGGAUCAGCUAAAUUUGAAAGUGAAUUGGACGCAAGCGAUGAGAUGGUCCCAAGGUAUUAUCGAGCACCUGAAAUAUACCUUGGUUGUAAGUAUUCGUAUCCAAUUGAUAUGUGGGCAACGAUGUGUACUAUAUAUGAGCUUUGUACUGGCAGGUUUCUAUUCAAUGGUCCAAGCCCGUCCCAUAUGCUCUUAGACCUAAUGAAGCUUAAAGGCAAAAUUCCCAACAAAAUGCUCAAGAAUGGACUUCACACAAAACUGUAUUUCAACGAAAAUCUACAGUCACUGAAACUGCUAAAAGACACUGGCUGCCCAGUCAAACCAUCCGUCAACAUAUAUGACCUUCUAAAUACUCAUAAUAAAUCAUUGCAAGGUAAUUUUAGCACUCCCUAG